CAACAUGGCAGUUGUCUGCUAGUCGAGGAUGAGUUGUCUUAAGCAAUGAAACAAUCAGGCUUACUUAAACUAUAAGUAUCAUUUCUCUUUGUUAUCUGCUCUUGACGCUGGUCUGACAUGGCCCAAUGUGUUCAGUCUGUGCUGGAGUUCGUCCAGGACUCCUUCGUCCCGAUGGUGUCCGUCUUGUGCAGCGAAGAAGCGGAGAGAGUAACGCGCAAGAACAACCUGAAUUUCGUUGAACUGCUGCGGCCUUUCUGCAGACUAACGUCCGAUGGUCACAUCCGGGAUCCCAACAACCAGGUGCAAGCCGUCAAGAACCUGCGCAUUUGUGUCAAUAAUGUGGUGACCAGCCCAAGCACAAUGUCGGCUUCACUCAGCCCCGCCCAGCGCCGACUGCUCAAUGAAGUGGUAUUAUCCUGCCAGCCACAAGAGAAUAGUGUGGCCAACGUGAUCACAGCAGGAGACAAUGACCUUCACUUCAGUGAUCACUCUGUUAAAGCUAGCACCCCCUGGUACAGUGCCUGGAGAAAAACACUGUUGGAAGUCAGCACCUCCAAGCACUACACAGCAACCACACCCUGGUUUGAAGCCUACAGGGAGAACUUCCUGCAGUCAAUGCCUGCCUCCGACCAUGAGUUCCUCAAUCACUACCUCGCCUGCAUGCUGGUGGUAUCCUCCACUGAGGCUGUCCCUGUGGAGCAGUUCCUCAAGCUUUCCCAGGAGCAGCAUCGGAUUCAGCACAGUGGAGAAUACACUACCCCCAAGUGGUUUAUCCCAAACACACUUAAGUACUACGUCUUACUGCAUGACAUGACUGAAGGGGAUGAACAGAGGGCAGAUACUGUGUAUGAGGAUAUGAAACAAAGGUAUGGUCCUCAGGGCUGCUAUCUGUUGAAAAUGAACUCUCGUACCUUCUCAGCUGAAGAAGAUGAACAGAUUCCAGACCCCUGGAGUCAGUACCUGCACAAAAAUAACCUGCAUAACCAGGAUAUGCUUGAUGAUCUAGCCCCAAAUCUUAACAGUUCUGCUGUUGAAAAUGAUGUCAGUGCAGCUGAAGUGGACCAUCACCACUUAACAAAGAAAGAUGGAGUGUUCAACAGCCUGGAGAAUCAUCCUCUCCAGCUGGACUCGGUGAGCAGCUCUGGGAGUCUGCACACCCUUGGUGCUGUCAAUACUGACCCGAAGAAAGGUGUAAGGGAUCCCGAGAACGUGGUUGGGGGAGCGGGGAGCCAUGGGGCAUGUCUGACACUGAAUGACCAUGACCACAUCAGACAAUUCAUUCAAGAAUUCACCUUCAGAGGCCUGCUGCCACACAUAGAGAAGAACAUCAGACAGCUCAAUGACCAGCUGGUCUCCAGAAAAGGUCUAAGUCGGUCUCUUUUCACUGCGACCAAGAAGUGGUUUGGUGGAGGAAAGGUUCCAGAGAAGAGCAUCAGUGAGCCAAAGAGCACGUGUGGCCUUCUCUAUCCCCCAGAAGCCCCUGAACUGCAGAUCAGGAAGAUGGCUGACCUGUGCUUCCUGGUCCAGCACUAUGAACUGGCCUACAGCUGUUAUCACACUGCCAAGAAAGACUUUCUGUCAGACCAGGCCAUGCUGUAUGCUGCAGGGGCAUUGGAAAUGGCUGCAGUGUCAGCUUUUCUGCAGGCUGGAGCUCCGAGACCAUAUCCAGCACACUACAUGGACACUGCAAUACAGACAUACAGAGAAGUCUGCAAGAACAUGGUGCUGGCUGAACGCUGUGCUUUACUCAGCGCUGAGAUACUCAAGAGUCAAGGCAAAUACUCAGAGGCUGCAACUCUCCUUAUUAAAAUGACCAGUGAGGACUCUGACUUACGCAGUGCUCUGCUGUUGGAACAGGCCGCCCACUGCUUCAUUAAUAUGCGUAAUCCCAUGCUGCGCAAGUUUGCCUUCCAUAUGAUCCUUGCUGGUCAUCGUUUCAGCAAAGCAGGACAGAAGAAGCAUGCACUGCGCUGUUACUGCCAAGCCAUGCAGGUGUACAAGGGGAGGGGCUGGUCUUUGGCAGAGGACCAUAUCAACUUCACAAUUGGUCGUCAGUCCUUCACGCUUCACCAGCCAGAGAACGCUGUAACAGCUUUCAGACAGAUCCUGACCAAUGACAGCAAGCAGACAGCCACACAGCAGGGUGCCUUUCUCAGAGAGUAUCUCUAUGUUUACAAGAGUGUUAUGGGAGGAAAUGAAGUCAGCCUCCCCCAGCUGCCUCUGCCCUGCAUCCACAGCUCAGCCACAAGAGUCUACUUUGGACAUGAACGCUGCCUUGCAGAGGGUGAAAAGCAGGCAGCCACCCAUGUGUCCCUGGACCAGGAGUAUGACCUGGAUUUAGCAGCCAUGUGGAGCAAUCUAGAGGAGCAGCUUGUGGCUGCCGUCAACCGGGGGGUCGUCCCAGGAAAUUUCCAGCCUACCCAGUGCUGCCUGAACAGCCAGACAGACAAUCUGCAUCAUCCACUGGCUGUGGUGGAAGAGCCGAUCAUAGUGGAGGUGACAUUUAGUAACCCUCUUAAGGUUUCCCUGGCAUUGUCCAACCUCUCACUGCUCUGGAGGUUCACUGCCGAUGGCGUGUCUCCAUCUCAGGAGAAGACGACAGAAGAGUUCUCAGGAGAGACCGUCACCAAUGAGAAGGAUACCCUGGCUCCAGGGAUGACACAGAAAGAUGAAGUUGUCACCACUGAGAUCAUCCUGGAAUUUCACAUGGGUCCAGAGGAGACUAAAGUGGCUCGACUCAGGCUGCUGCCACACAGAACUGGUCAGCUGAACAUUGUGGGUGUGGUGUACAACCUGGCCUCAGCCUCCUCUGGAGAGACGCCUCCCAGCACUGAAGGCCAGCAAACAUUGGAUUUGAUGGUGGUUCGUGGUAAACAGGACCUGAAGAUUCAGGGCCCACGACUUAACCAGACAAAAGAGGACAAGACAUUGGUACGGCAUGGACCCGAUCGACGUCUGGAUCCAAUCAUAACACCACCCAUGCCCCUGAUGGAGGUCUUCUUCCUACAGUUCCCGACUGCGCUGCUGUGUGGUGAGAUCAGGAAGGCAUAUGUUGAGUUCUGCAACGUCAGUGGUGUUCAGUUGUGUGGCCUGCGAGUGGCGUCCACACAUCCCGAUUUCUUCACCUUUGGCAGUCGGGCCACAACACCUCUCACACCCCUCAGCCCAACCUCAUCUGAAAACUGUUCUGCCUAUAAAACUUUGGCCACACCCCCUGGGGCCCAGCCAGGCUCAGUGGUGUCUGAGAUGUUGGUUUCAGCCGAGGAUUUCAGUCAGCUAUCUGGUGUGAUGGAAAUCCCAAUAGAUGGCAGCACCCUGCAACCAGGUGAAUCAACCCAGCUACCCCUCUGGCUCAGAGGACCGGAUCAGGAGGGAGUCCACGAAAUAAACUUCCUGUUCUAUUAUGAGAGCUCAGAGAAAGGAAUCAAAAUCAGUCAUCGGGUGUUACGUCACACAGUGUUUAUCUGUGCCAGCCGUUCUCUGAGUGUGCAGGCAUCAGCCUGUCGCAGCAGUGUCUCUCCACAUCAUGGUCUGGAUGACAAAGGCAGCAGUGGAACGCUGGUCUUUAUUGAUGUGGAGAACAUCAAUACGAGUGAAGCUGGUGUGCGUGAGUUCCACAUUGUCCAGGUGUCCAGCAGCAGUCAAAAUUGGCGCCUCUACAAGUGUAUCAACCCAGGCAAGGAUAAAGACUGUAAACUCACCAGCAGAGAGAGAGCCAAGUUGUGUUUCAAGGCCACACGGUGCAAACCCCACCAAGCCACCUCGGAUGCCGUAAAAAAAUACACCUUUGCAGACCUGAAUCUUGGCAAUGAACGGAUCAUCAGUUCAGCCACACCCUGUGGAGAUUUCUUCUUCCGUUCCUGUCGGCCCUCAGUGUCUCAGCAAGUAGAUGUGGCCUCAGCCAGGACAUCAUCCAGCAGCAAGACUCAGGGCUCUGUCCCUCCUAUGAAUAGAACCUCUGACAUCACCAAUAUGGUCAAGAAGUGUAAUGAGCUGGACCUCAACAUAAUCAUCAUCUGGAAGGCCUAUGUGAUCGAGGACAACAAACAGCUGAUCCUUGAGGGCCAACUCCAUGUGGCGCUGCAAACCAUCGGCAAAGAGGCGAGUUCUCUGACUUCCAAAGAGGAAGCUCAGGAGAUGGUGCUGUUCAAGUUUAAAUCAGAGCUGCCUCCUCCAGUCGUUCUGCCCUCUGCAGAACUGUCCCAACUUAUCAAAACCAACCUGCACUAUCCAGAGACCUACACACAUCCGUUUCUCCAGAAUAGUCUGUGUGUGGUGCCAGUUACUCUGACUCUGUCAAACUGCUCCUUGGCUCAAGUUGAUGUCGUCAUUGACUUGCGGCACAAAAGCACCAGCCCUGAGUCCCUGGAUGUCCACAGCUCGUUCACUUGGGUGGGUCAGACUCAGUACAAGCUGCAGCUGAAGCCUCAGGAAGUGCUGUGCCUGACUCUGCAAGCUUGUUUCCUCCAGGCAGGAGUCUACAACCUUAACACGCCGCGAGUCUUCGCCAAACCAGCUGAACAGGACUCCAUGUGUGAGACGAGUCAGCAGACUGCUAGUCCUGCUCUCAUCAUCAUCAACAAUGCCUGAGCAGAGCGUAACAUCCUGCUGACGGGAUGACCUGGAUUUUGUGGACAUUAAAACCACUGAGAGAGCCUGUCAGCUACUCAUCUACUCACACGACUCAACUUCUUGUUUUUGAUUAAUACUGGACAGAAACACAGAUGUUCUAUACCAAUCAGUAAAAUGCAAAAUGCUUAUUUAAAACAAACAGCUACAGUUUUCAGAGAUUGAUUAAACAAUGUUACAGAUAAAGUUGUUAGACUAUUUAGUUUCAUCAAUCAUACAAGAGUUAAACUUCUUACAUCAACAUGCAGGUUGAAACUAUACCAUCCAACCCACCACUCCUCUGUCUCCACCAACCCAGUUACACCCACCUGUCACCUGCAUCUCAAGCACCCAUGUGUUUGGAAGGACAUCUGACAGACAGAUGCUGGCGUUAGACCAGAAUGCUGACUCUAAACUAGUACAGUACCUGGAUACUGUGGCAAAAAACACUUAAAGCAAAGAAAAACUGCUGCCCUUGUUUUGAACACGGUGUUUUUCAACAUUGAGCCACGUCAUAAGAAUGCGCUCCUCACUUUGGGGUUAGCUCUCUGUAAUUUUGGUCAACCAGUUCUGCUGCACUGGCCUUUAGUUCCAGACUGUAACAUUGUGGACCGAUGCUGUCUGUUUUAAUAACUCAAAUCAACAAAUAUACUGAACUUUGGAGGACUCAGAUAUUAAAACGGACUGAACAGUAGCUUUGAAAUGUCAUUUACUCUGACAUGACAAAAGCUGUUUAUAUCCAGAAUAUUGUAUACCUUUCCAGCUGUCUCUACAGCUCCAGAGCCUCCAGCAUCUCCUGAAGUGCUCGACAAGAUGGAGGCUAACGACUGAACCCUGACGGUUUUACUGUUUGGUUUUCACUCAGUACAACAGACUACUUGUGUGCAUGCAGUUGAUUUUCUAGACUCCAGCCAAUCCAAUCAGUGUCUAACCUGUGUGUUUGACCUCACUAUAUUGUGAUCAGGCUCUUAUAUGCAUUGACUUGACUACUUUUCUGAAAAUUAUGUAUUAUAUUUAUAUAACAAAUUUGAUGUAAAUAGACAAUAAAAAUGUAACUAAUGCUACUGUAUGUAGUGUAAGAUACUGUCUGAUAUAUAGGCAGCAAAAAUGCGACAUUUAUAGAUAUUAAUUCUGUGACAGUUUUAGGUCUUCUGUAGAAAGUAUAUAGAAAUAAAAAACUACUACUCUACUGCUGGUGAAAUAUUAAGACAUAUGCUUAAAAGACUCACUCUUAGCUCUGCAACAAAUAAUGUUUUGGAAUUAUUGUCCAUGGCAGAAUAGUUCAUUGCAUUACAGGUUUAGAUUUGACAGAGUGCUAAUGUUUACUUGCACAUACAGACAAUUCGAAACAAAAGCCAUUGUUCCACUAAGGUCGUGUCUUUCAUAUAAUUUUUGUCAAUUUAGUUCUUUUAGUAACCUACAUUAUAGAAUUAAAUACACUCAGCCGUAACACUAAAACAGCUCUGACCCAUCAGCGUAGUGUGCUUUUAUUCUGUUGAAAGAGGCUAUUCCCAUCAGUGAAUACUGUUGCCAUGAAGGGGUGUACUUAGUCUGCAACAAUGUUUAGGUAGUUUUACACAUGUCAAAGUGACACGAAUGCAAGAACCCAAGGUUUCACAGCAGAACAUUGCACUGUCUGCCGGCUUGCCUUCUUCCCAUUGUGCACCCUGGUUCCAUCUCUUCCCCAGGUAAACGAUGCAAAUGCACCUGACCAUCCAUAUGAUCUAAAAGAAAACAUUAUUCAUCACCGUUCACCACGCCCCUUCUUCCAUUGCUCCAUAGUCCAGUUCUGACACUCAAGUGCUCAUUCUAGAUACUUCAGCAGUGGACAGUGGUCAUUAUUGUCAUAAAGAACUGACUGCUCAUUUGCUGCCUAAUAUUCCCCACCCCUUUUACAGGAGCCAUUUUAAUUAAAUAAUCAAUGUUAUUCACUUUGCCUGCCAGUGCUUUCAAUAUUUUUAGAGACAGCAUAUUUAAGUGGGCUGUGAAUAUUUUAGGGCAAAAAUCAAAUCAAUGAAGGAAGUAUUCCCCAUGCAGAAUUUGUUGCAGGCAGUGUAGGUACGAACAUGAAACAGACUUUCAGGGUGGAUAUUAGUAAGUAAUUAGUCAAAUUAACAAGUUAAAAUUCAGGGGAAUAAAAUAUGAACAAAUCAAUUAAGAAUUCAUGAAAAUGUCUGGGGAAAAUGUUCUCAGAAUGGGUUGUGUUGGGGACUUUCUGAAAGCUCAGCUGCAGCCUUGCUUAUGUAUAUAACAAUGUUUAUGUAUAAAAACUAUAUGUUGUUGGAAUAAAAAUCUUAUAUACAAAUAAAAAACGUUGACAUUAAAGUAUAAUGACAAGGAAUUUGACACAGUAGCUCUCAAUACAUUCACACAGAGUCAAGAACAAUGUAGAAUAAAUGAAAUACACAUGUCGACCCAAACAAAACUAUUACUGUAUGUUCAUACUGUAGUUAUGAAAACUACUGUAUAUAGGUGGGAGGGUGUAAUGAAUGCAAAAUGUGUUUAGGGACCAGUACUAGGGACUUAAGGGGACUGAGUCACAGAGUGACAGACAAGUAACAGAUUCAACUCAAGUGUAGUCUAUAAUUCCCAAUUUAUUUUAUUUUUGUAUUCGUUUUUUGAUUCAGCAUCUGCUUA